AUGUCGCCAACAUCCUCUACAGACACUUCCGGGACGAACAACACGGGCGCGAGCACCCCAUCUUCCACCAUGUACGACGCUGUGGCAGGCACGGCGCAGCGCAUCUAUCCUGUUGCCUCGAAUGUGGUCGGUGAGAUGACGGGCUUUGCUGCACUUUCGGAAUCCGACCCAGCGGCGCCCUCGCAACCAACGCAGUCUGCACAACCAACCGAAUCGAACGAAUCGAACGAAUUGCCCAUACGCAACUCGAGCGCAUCCGAUGGUGCGAAUGAGCGCAUGGCGCGCGAUGACCACGACGAGGAGCACCAGCGUGGACCGUCCGAGUCGUCGCGCGUCGACCAGCCACAGCACAAGAUCGGCACCGAAUCCGGCAUCCCCACCACUGCUGGCGCCGGCACUACACUCUCUCCGGACCAAGACGUCGCUCCUGCAGCGGACAAGGCCAAGCAAAAGCGCAAGAACGCAGCCGUGGGCGUAGACUACUCGGACCAGCCAUGUCCCACCGCAGACGCUCGCCGUUCCCAAGCCUCCAGCUCGCCAGCCGAGGGCAAGACCCAGUUCGUAGACCGCCAGGAACAACUGCAUGGCUCCGAACAAGGCUCGCAUCGCUCAGAACAAAGCUCGCGCCACCAAGAUCAAGGGCAACAGCAACAGCAAGAUCAAGAUCAAGCGCAGGAUCAGGAACAAGAGCAGGAGCAGGGGCAGGCGGAGCAGGGGCAGGCGGAGCAGGGGCAGGCGGAGCAGAGUUCAGCAGGGUGGAAGAAUAAGCUCAAGGCCAACACCAAGCUCGCCGUGGGUAAGAUCACGCACAACCAGACCAAGAUCGACGACGCCCGCGCAAUGAAGGCCGACGCCACUCCAGCUGCAGUGUAG